GUCACGGAGCUGGAAAGUCCAAACUUCCAGCCGGGAUUCUUCGCUCUGAAUCACUGGCACCGCUGGGUUUUAUCUUCCUGACCUGGCACAUGUCCAUGCUGAGUCGUUCUUUGGGGAAAUGAGAUGUUUAAACUACCUAAAGGUGGUUUUGUGCUAAGGAAGCUUCUGGAGUGGAGAUGGUGUGGCCACUUGUGGAUGCAGUGUUGGAUGUGUCUGAAGGGGCAGCUGUCAGGAUACACAUCCUGCAUCUCCCGUGUGUGCUUCAGGUGUGAGACCCUUGUCAGCCCCUGGUGUGGGCAGAGGCAUCCGAAUUCCACUGGGAUGGAGCACGGCUGGGGAUGGGAGAAGGAGCCGUGUGCCCAAAUCGCUUAAAAUUUAGGACUCUGCUCUUCCUGGUGCUUUAGUAUAGAUUGUUUUGGUUUUCUGUUGGAAUUUAUUUAAUUUUCUGCUGGUAUUUGUAGUGAAUCUGUGCCACUCGGUGCCGGGAUGUGGCUCUUCUGUCUGUGGGGGAGUGCUGGGAGAUGCUCGGGCCCUCAGUUGGCACUUCAGCUCUCACAGUCCUGAGUUACACCCUGAACUCAUCCCUGCAAAUGACUGAAAAUGGAUUUUCCUUGUGGGAGGAGCAUUGGGUUGAAAUAUUCUGGGGAGAAAAUGCGCGGAACUGGUGAUGAAGCUGCUGUGGCCUCGAUUGCAGAGGGGACACUUGGAGCAUCCCCCUGGGAUACAGGCAAGGACAGCGUGUGCCAAGGCACAGCUCUUGCAGAGAACCAGGGUCAGGCUGGAAAUAGUCACGGCCUGGUUUAGGGAGAACUUGGCUCAAAGGGAAUUUCUUUGGUGCAGACACCGAGAGAACUGAGUUUGUUGUCAGUGCUUCAUUAGAGAAUCCUAUAAUUUUGGGAGCAAGAGGAAUUGAUAACCAGGAGGGAUAAUGAUGGUGGGACAGAGCCUGGAUUUGAUGGAGCUGCUGUGUUUGUUCAGCUUUUAUCUGUCUUGGAGGUGUCAAUCUGGUGGGGUCUUCAGCCCAAGGUUCAGGAUAACCCGGGUAUUGGGAGGAGCCCAGCUGUGUCUGGAGCACUGGGAAGCAGCCGGAGCUCUGGAAAAAACGGGAUAAAGCUGUUCAUUGAAGCACUGAAGCUUUAUAAAAAUGGUAUGAUUUCCAUAACUGCCGCUUCACUCCCGCUCUGACUCGUGAGCACCAGCGUGGUUUUAGGAGCCCCUUUACCCUGCUGGGAAAGCUCAUUUGCAGGGAUUAUGUGCUGUCCUUUUGGAUUGUGCUAAAACUCUGCCGGAGGUUCCAGAGCCUGCGGUUCCCAGAAUGGUAAAUCUUGGAGAGCUGCUCCUGCCACGCAUGAGGUGCAGCCACAGAGCCACAUCCAGCACUGCCACAGCUGCCUGUGCCAUCUGUUCCCCAACAUCUUCAUUCUUCCCUCUCGGACUGGCUUCCUUCUGCACUCAUAGCUCCCCUCCUCUGGGCUGGGGGGCUGAUGAGCUCCACGGGUGUCCUGCACCAUCAGUUUUAUCAGGAAUAGCUGUUUUUAGUUGAUGAUGAUGAUAAGCCGGGUUGAUUCCCGUCCUGGAAGAGGCAGGAGCUGCAUGGUCUGUGGCCCAUCCAGCGCUUCCGGACGGAGCUUAGUGAGCACAGCACAGGUGUCAGGUCAGGACGGGAGCCGUUAAUCUCGGCGCGGCGUGCGGCUGUUCCGGCGGCGUUAGGUAACCUGCUGGGCCAGGACAGGGAUGUGGGAUGGCAUGGAGGCAGCCCCCCCUGUUCUGGGGAGCAGCAGGAAGCCAGAAACCUCCUUCAGGAGCAUCAGGACAAGCUCGCUUGGUCCUCAUGGAGAAGCUCAUUUUUCUCAUUGUUACUCCAGUAGGGUCCAAGUGGGAGCUGCUCCCAUGUCCCACCUGCAGGUCCCAGCAUGGCCUUUCCCCUUGGGACCCCCUGCUUAGCACUGAGUGCUGCCAAAUCCCUGGGAUUUGGAGGAUUCGGGCUUUAGGAGUUUGAUACGUGCUGGUUUGCCACUCUGCUGCAGCUCCCCAAUGUUGGGAGCAAAAACAUCCGUGUGGAUCUGGCAGGAUCAAAUUUCCCAUGGAUUUGGGCACCUCCUGCCUCACCUGAAGCUCGCUGAGGGUCUGGCCUGGGGUUCCCCGUGUCCCUGUGGGGAUGGGAUGUGGCAGAGGGGCUGGGCUGGGAGGAGAGCCCUGGGAGUGGAGUCCUGGCUUCCAGCUUGGUUCCUGCCCUCGGCAAAACAUCACGUGGCAGAUCUAGGAGAGAGACAUCAGAGUUUGCUGCUCCUGAAAUAUUUCUGGAAGUCUCUUUAUAAACAUGCUGGAGCCACCGGUUGUGGCCGACCUUGGGUCAGGAUUUGGCCCUAACAAAGAGAAUUAUUUCCUGUUUCUGCAGUAUGUUCAGCACGAUUGAAGUUUAACAAAAUAAGGGAAUUAAAGCGCCAUAAAUUCCAGUCUGGAUCUUUGAACGGAUCUGGUUUUGCUGCUUCACAUUUGGUUCUGGUUCUUCACUAAAGUGAAGAACUGCUUCACUUUAGUGAAGUUUAUUUCCCCCAGGAUGGAGCCGAGUGACACUGAGCUCUUGCACGUUGUGUCCUCUUGAAUUCCUCCCUUGGUUUCCUGAUGAUGUCAGGGCAGGGAGUGCAGUGCUGCAGGGAGGGCCAGGACGUUCUGCUGCUCUUGACUGAUGCCGAGGAGCCGAUCCGGUGCCGCUGACUCCACCUGGCCUCGGCUAUGGACAUCGUCCUGUCGGAUUUUGUCCGCUCAACAGGGGCAGAGCCGGGGCUGGCCAGAGACCUCCUUGAAGGCAAGAACUGGGACCUGAGUGCGGCGCUGAGCGACUUCGAGCAGCUCCGGCAGGUGCACGCUGGGAACCUCCCGCACUCCUUCAACGAGGGCCGCGGGGCCCGGCCCCCGGAGCGGGAGGUGGCGCGGCCGGGGAGGCCCCCGCUGCAGCGCCAGGAUGACAUCGUGCAAGAGAAGCGCCUGUCCCGAGGCAUCUCCCAUGCCAGCUCCACCAUCGUGUCCCUGGCCCGUUCCCACGUCUCCAGCAACGGCAGCAGCAGCGAACACCUGCUGGAGAUGCCCAUCUGCACCUUCCAGCUGCCUGACCUCACUGUGUACUCCGAGGAUUUCCGCAGCUUCAUCGAACGGGAUCUUAUUGAGCAGUCCAUGCUGGUAGCACUGGAGCAGGCUGGGCGUCUCAACUGGUGGGUGACGGUGGAUCCGAGCUGCCAGCGGCUGCUGCCCUUGGCCACCACUGGCGAUGGGAAUUGCUUGCUCCAUGCUGCCUCCCUGGGUAUGUGGGGCUUCCAUGACCGGGAUCUCAUGCUCCGGAAAUCCCUCUACACCCUGAUGGACAAGGGAGUGGAGCGGGAGGCGCUGAGGCGGAGAUGGCGCUGGCAGCAGACGCAGCAGAACAAGGAGUCUGGCCUGGUUUACACGGAGGAGGAGUGGCAGAAGGAGUGGAAUGAGCUGAUCAAAUUGGCAUCCAGUGAGCCCCGCGUGCACUACGGCACCAACGGCGGCGGCUGCAGCGGGGUGGAGAGCUCAGAGGAGCCUGUGUACGAGAGCCUGGAGGAGUUCCACGUCUUUGUCCUGGCCCAUGUGCUAAAGAGACCCAUCGUGGUGGUGGCAGACACGAUGCUGCGGGACUCGGGCGGCGAAGCAUUCGCCCCCAUUCCCUUUGGGGGGAUCUAUCUGCCCCUGGAAGUCCCAGCCAACAAAUGCCACCGGUCUCCACUGGUUCUGGCUUAUGACCAAGCCCAUUUUUCUGCCCUGGUCUCCAUGGAGCAGAAGGAAAACACAAAGGAUCAAGCUGUGAUCCCCCUGACAGACUCUGAGCACAAGCUGCUCCCCGUGCACUUCGCCGUGGAUCCCGGGAAGGAGUGGCAGUGGGGGAAGGACGACAGUGACAAUGUCAAGCUGGCCAGCGUGACGCUGUCGCUGGAAGCCAAACUGCACCUGCUGCACAGCUACAUGAAUGUCCGAUGGAUCACGUUGCCUUGUGACAUGCAGGCGCCUCUGGCUCAGCCAGAAUCCCCCACGGCCUCCGCAGGUGAUGACCCUCGCUCGGCAGCAGAGUCAGGCGAGUCGGACAAGGAGUCGGUGUGCAGCAGCUCUGCCAGCAACGGGGGCACCAGGGCAGGCAAGGACAGGGAGAAACCAAAGAAAGAGCGGGAGAAGGAGAAGGAUAAGAAACGGGCAGACUCGGUAGCCAACAAGCUGGGAAGCUUCGGGAAGACUCUGGGCAGCAAACUAAAAAAGAACAUGGGGGGCCUGAUGCACAGCAAAGCUGUGAAGGGCAGCAUGAGCAAUGGGCAGGGAGACACCCUGGAGAAGAAGAAGAAAGGAUCUCUGAAGACACGGAAAGACAGCAAAGAGGAAUGUUCCCCAGGAGACUUAGCUCCUGCAGAGAAAACGUGUCCAGGUAAAGCAGCCCUGGAGAAGCCGUCAGAUCCCUACAAGUACAGCAGCGACGUGCGGCUGAGCCUGAGCAUCCUGCGCGCGGCCAUGCAGGGCGAGCGCAAGUUCAUCUUCGCCAGCCACCUCAAGACCAGCAGCCGGCACCAGUUCCAGGAGGAGAUGAUCCAGAGGUACCUCCUGGAUGCUGAGGAACGUUUCCUGGCAGAGCAGCGGCAGAAGGAGGCGGAGAAGAAGGCUCUGGGCAGCGCUGCCCCGGCCAAGAGGCCAGAAGGGGAGGUGGGUGCCCAGCGGAGCGAGGAGGUGAUGCCAAGCCCCGUGUUCUCCCAGCCACCCCCCACCUACCCUCCCCAGCCCCUGGAGCCAGCCGUGGCUGCUAAAAUAGCCGCUUUUCCCGCCGGCUAUUCCGGCGUUUUCACCUUCCCCAGGCCCUCCAUGGGCAGUGCUGAGGGGCUGCACCCACCCAGCUGCCCUGAGGGCCGGCGGCAGCUGGCGGGGGGGCCCUGUGGGAGCGUCCCCCCCUAUGCCACCCUGCCCCGCCACCACCAGGGCCGGCUCGGCCCCUGUCCCCCCGGCCCUGCCCACCUGGGCCGGUUCUCCCCCACGGACAUGGACACCCAGCCUCCCUUCCCUGCGGAGUGCGAGGGCUCCGGCUGCCUCCCCCCGCACAGCAACGGCUGCCGGGAGUUCCUCCAGCAGGACAAGGCAGGAACAGCGGAUAAAAUGAGAAGCCAAGCCCUCUACAACAUCCAGCAGACCAAGUGCAAACAGCCCAACUGCAGCUUUUAUGGACACCCAGAGACUGGGAAUUUCUGUUCCUGCUGUUACAAGGAGGAGCUGCGGCGCAGGGAGCGGGAGGCGCUGGUGCACAGGUUCUGAUGCUCCCCCUGUGCGGAUCCGGACCCCUGGAACGUGGGGGAUGCAAUAACAGAGAUCCAGUUUGGUUUUACACCCACCCACGCUCCUCUCCCACUCUGCAGGAGGUGGGAGCAGGCGUUCGGCCGGAUGGGCGUGGGGCUGGUGGGAUUGACGGGGGGCAGGAGGGAGAGAGGGGGAACCCAGCCCCUGCUUUCCCAGAGCCCCUGCGAGGGAGGAGGAGGAGGAGGAUUCCCAGGGGUGCCUGGGGACAGUGGGGGCUGCUCGGGUCGGAGCACAGGGUGAGAGGGGAGAAUUCCUCAAAAACUCAAUAAAGCAGACCAAAGCUUUGGGAGUGGGCAGGGGGAGCAGCUCCCACCAGGUCCUUCCCGCUUCCUGACCACCUGGGACCGAGCAAAAAUGCCCCAUUUUGAGCGUCACAAACCUUUUAAUGGAAUUUUUUAACACUGGUUUUAUUCUGUAUUUCUUCUUGCUGGUACUGAGCGACACCGUGUUGGAGUUGGACAUUGGUGAGGUGAGGUGGGUUGGACGCCCCCCCACCCAGUCCUGGAUGACUCCGAGCACCAGGAUGGGCUCAGGGCUCUGUCCCCCCCCCUCCUACGGAUUAGCUCAAGUCUGGUUUUAAAAUGUUGUUUUUAAACUCUUUCUGAGGCGGGGGGAGCCAGGGGAUUGGAGGUUUCUCUUCCUGUGCAGAACCCCCAGCCCACAGGAGAGCUGAGGUGAGAUCCUGGGUCAGCAUCUCCUGCCAGGAAUUCCCAGUGGCAUGGGGCAAAUCCCCCAGGAAUACCCACUGGGAGGGGGUCCCAGAGCACCCCCAGUCCCGGGGUCACAGCCCCAUAUAACUCCUACUUGAGCACAGCUACUCUGUACUACCUCUGAUCCUGAUUAACUCGGCUCCGUUGUGCUGAGCCACCAACUGACCUUUAGGCUGCGGAAUUAAUCCAUAUUUUUGAUAACAGGGCUAAAAAGCAGAACAAUAAGGUAAAAUCCUCCUGUGACUAAUGUCCCGCGCCAUUCCUGACCCCAUCCCAGCUCCCUGGCUCCCAGGGUGGGAUUCACUUUAGCACUGCGAUGUUUGCACAGAAUUCCUUGGGUUUUUUGGUAACAGCAGCUUCCAAACUGGGCCUGAUCCUGCACGGAGUGAGGUGCAGCAUUUCCUAUCACAUGGAAAUAAAACAGGAGUUAUAUUCUUCA